UAUAAAUACAAAAAUAAAUUAAGGAUGUAAUAUUUCAACGGUGGGGGCUCAGUACCUACUCUGUCUUUCUUAUAUGAAGUUGCCUUAUAGAAACAAACAUUCAUAACAAACAACUUCAUUCAUUUUUAUUGCAACAUCAACAUGGAAAGCAGCAAUGUCAACAUUGAAUGUGAUAACAUCCUUACUUGGUUUGAAGAUGUAUCAAAGAAUGCUAGUUCAGUCCAAACUCAAAUACUAUGCAAGAUUUUGAAACAGAACAAUGAGGUUGAAUAUUUGAAAAAAUGGUUUGGGAGCUACAAUGUUCAAGAUAUGGAUGCAUGUGCAUUGGAAUCUCUUUUCACUAGUGUGGUUCCUCUAGCUUCUCAUGCUGAUUUUGAUCCAUUUAUCCAAAGAAUUGCUCUUUCCUUAAGCUCUGGAACCACAGAAGGAAGACAAAAGUUCGUGGCCUUUACCCGCCAUAGCGCACAAACUACCCUUCAAAUUUUCACUUUAGCAGCAGCCACCAGAUCAAAGAUUUAUCCGACAAAAGAAGGAGGAAGGAUUCUUGAAUUCAUAUAUAGUAGCAAUCAAUACAAAACAAAAGGAGGAUUAACAGUAGGAACAGCCACAACACACUAUUAUGCAAGUGAAGAGUUCAAAAUCAAACAAGAGAAAACAAAGUUAUUUAAUUGUAGCCCUUACCAAGUAAUUUCAAGUGGUGACUAUAAACAAACAACAUAUUGUCACCUUCUUCUAGGUCUCUUUUUCUCUAAUGAAGUUGAAUUUAUUUCCUCAGCUUUUGUGUAUGGGAUAGUACAAGCUUUUUGCACUUUAGAAGAGCUUUGGAGGGAAAUAUGCAAUGACAUUAGAUAUGGUACUCUAAGUUCAAAAAUAAAAUUACCUAAAAUGCGAGAAGGUGUUUUGAGUAUCAUCUCAUCGAAUUCGAACCCGUUUUUGGCUUCGAAAUUAGAAGCUACUUGUAAGGAGUUAGAAUUGGUGGAUUGGUUUGGUUUGGUUCCAAAACUUUGGCCAAAUGCAAAGUACAUAUAUUCCAUAAUGACGGGUUCUAUGUUACCAUAUUUGAAAAAAGUUAGGCAUUAUGCAAAGGGGGUGCCAUUAGUAAGUGGUGAUUAUGGUUCAACUGAGAGCUGGAUUGGUGUUAAUGUGGAUCCUAUUUUGCCUCCAGAGAAUGUUACAUUUGCUGUUGUACCCACUUUCUCUUACUUUGAGUUCAUACCACUUUAUAGACACAAACAAGAUUUCUCAUUUGUUCAUGAUGAUUUCAUGGAAGACAAACCAAUUCCACUAUCCAAGGUUCAAAUUGGACAAGAGUACGAAAUAGUUCUCACAACUUUCACAGGGCUAUAUAGAUACAGAUUAGGAGAUGUGGUGGAAGUGACUGGUUUCCACAAUGGGACACCAAAAUUGAACUUUAUAUGUAGAAGAAAACUUAUUCUAACAAUUAAUGUAGACAAGAAUACAGAGAAGGACCUUCAAAUAGUGGUAGAGAAAGGUUCACAAGUUCUUAACAAGGCCAAAACUGAGCUUGUUGAUUUCACAAGUUAUGCAAACAUGUCAAACUCAAAUCAACCAGGAUUCUAUGUCAUUUUUUGGGAAAUCAAAGGAGAGGCAGAGGACAAAGUACUCGAAGCGUGUUGCACCGAAAUCGACGCGGCUUUUGUCGAUCACGGCUACGUCGUUUCGAGGAAAACCAAUUCAAUAGGGCCAUUGAAGCUUUGUAUUGUAGAGAAAGGAACAUUUAAGAAGAUUUUAGAUCAUUUUGUUGCAAAUGGGGGAGCAUUGGGCCAGUUCAAAACUCCUAGGUGCACCAACAACCCCAUGCUACUUGAAAUUCUUAAUGCAUGCACCAUUAAAACGUUUUGUAGUAAUGCUUAUGAUUCAACCCAACCAUGAUGCAUCAUAUUGAUUUGUUUUCUUGUAUUCAUUAUUUCAUUAUGGAUUUUCUCUUGUGGACAUAAGAAUGGAUUGAUUAAUUCAGUGCAAGGCAGCUAGGUUUUUCAUUAUGAUGUGACCUAUGGACCCCAAAGGACCAGCGAUAUUAAUUAUUUUGUAAGUUGAGUUAAAUGUUCUAUUUCAAUUUUUUAUAAUAAUGAUGUUAUAUUUUAA